UAUGAGCAAGAAAACUGAGAAAAAAAAAUAGGAAAAAAUUAUUGAAGAUAGAACAUUUGGCUUAAAAAAUAAGAACAAAAGCAAAUAAGUUUAAAAGUAAUUCUAUUAUGUAAAAUUUUUAGUUUUUGUAAAGGUGUAGCACAAUAAGUGAAAUAUAGUGGAGUUUCUUUGUCAAAAUUAUAAUCGGAAGAAUAUGAGAGAAAAAAAAUUGAAAAGUAAUUGGAAGAGGAAGAGAGACUUAUGCAAUCUCUAUAUAAAACAGUGGAAAAAGUAAAGGAAGAAGAAUCAGAAGAGGAAGUUGAUCCAAAAUCAAUAUUAUGUGAAUAUUACAAAUAAGGUAGGUUGAAAUGAUAAGGCUAGGUCUUUGUUAGAAGGGUAAGAAAUGCAUGUAUUCUCAUGAUAUGAGUUUGGAAUAAAAAACUGCAAUACUUGAUUUAUAUACUGAUUAGAGAGUAUAAUUAGGUGAUGAAUGGGAUACAUGUUAAAAUUGGGAUGAAAAGACUUUGAAGGAUAUUGUUGAGGCUAAUGAGAAGACUUAUAAAAGGUAUAUUUUUAUGGAAUAUCCAAGUUAAAUUCCUUCGGCAAAAGUCUGUGAUUAUUUUCUAGACGCAUUAGAGAAAGGUAAAUAUGGAUGGAGAUGGGUAUGUCCUAAUGGGAUGACCUGCCAUUAUAAGCAUUGCCUUCCUUAAGGGUAUGUAUUUAGAAAGAAGGAAGAGCCAAAAUAAAGGUAAGAAGGUGAUCUAGAAGAAGAAAUAGAUGAAUAAAUUUCUUAGUUAUAGAAGGGAGGAACAAAAAUUACAAAAGAAGUUUUCGAAAAAUGGAAAUAAGACAGAGCUGAAAGAAAAAAAUUAGAAGCUGAAAAAUAAAAAUUAGAAGAAUAGAAGAAAAAAGGUACAAAAAUUUUAAUGUAAUUUUAGGUUAAAAAUAAACAGGAGGUAAUUCAUAAAUGACAGGAAGAGCUUUAUUUGUUUUUGAUCCUAGUUUAUUUAUUGAUGAUGAAGAGGCAGAGAAAGAAUAUGAAAGAGAGGAACUAGUUGAUGAAAAUGAUGAAGAUGAUGAAGAUUAAAAUAAAUAAAAAUUAUAUGAAGGAGAUGAAAACUAAUAAUAAGAUGAAGAAUUUGAUUAAUAAUUUAAGUAGUAAUAAUAAUGA